GCGCUGGCUGUGUAUCGGUCGGACUCCCUGCGCGGCGGGUUCGGGAGCUAGCGGCGGGUUUAUCUACCAGAGCAGGGGCCGGGACCGGACCGGACCGGGACGGGGGUUAUUUCACCGCGGAGACCCCCACCAUGGACGACGGUCUCCUCCAGAGAGACACUGGCCGAGCCCGGAGGAGUCUGGCUGCUCCGGAGCUAAGAGCUAACGCUAGCCUGCAAGAUGGCGAGAUCAUCGAUCUAACGAGUUCCCCGAUGAGGAGCAGGGGCUCGGGGCCGGGGAUGCACCAGAGACACAUGCCCAUGGAGCCCAACAAGUUCCACAUCCCCAGGAAAACCAAGGAGAAGAAAUCUCUUUUCCAGUACGUCUCCACUGAGUCCAGAGAGUUUGAAGACAUGAAAACCAUCCUGGCCUCCAGCUACGUUGACACCAGUUCUGCUGGAUGCUUCACAUACUCCAGUCCUCGGCUCGUCCACAGCGAGCUCCUUGAGAAAGAGUUUGUUGAAAAGAGGAGGGAGAUGAAGGGAGACGGGAGAACGGACAAGGAGCUGGAGGAGAGCUACUGUUUCCUGUUAACUAAUGCCGAGGAGCUGCCCCCCCUCUGUGAGAAAGGCCUGACUUUGGGUCACAACAGGAUCACGUUGCUGGGAAACCCCAGUAAAGGUGUGUAUCUGUCCAGGUACUCCGAUCUGCUGCACUUUAACCUCCUCACUCCCGGAACCACAGGCGAGAUCAUCAUCUUCAAAGUUAUGAAGGGAAAAGUGAAGAGCAUUUAUGAAAACAUGAAGAACCUCCUCGACCCGACGCCGCGGUUCGACAGCCACAUUGCCAAGAACGCCAGUAAAGUUACCUCACUUAACUGUUACCGCGCUUUUGAACUCACACAGCACUACUUUUACGAGUACGCAUUCGAUGAGCUGCGGCAGCGGCCUCGCCACGUCUGUCCGUACGCCGUCGUCACCUUCCACACCAAAGGGAAAGACGCUCCACACCCCACCAAACCUCUCGCACCCCUCAGCAGGUUGAACAAUCAGUCAGCAGAAGGAAAUACAGAGUCUUCUCAGUUUACAGUUUGGACCGGAGAUCUAGUGAAAGAUAACAAGGUUCUUUACCGGAUCUCCCUUCAGUCCAGCUCUCCUCCGUUUCUGCCACACAGGCUCCCAGAGAAGUUAGACAUCGGGUAUCUGAUGAGGCUUGAUCAAGUGACCAAACUCCUCCCCUCCGAGUUGUUCUCCUACAACCUCUACAGCAGCAGCCAGGAAGUCGUGACUCUCGGUCAUUACUGCAGUCUUCUGGAGGUGAUCUGCAGAAAUCGGUCUACGACCAGUGUGACGACGCUGCUUCAGGAGCUGGAGGUCAAGAGAGUGGUUCUGGUAACUGCACUUACAGACAGAGGCUUUAUCUUCCUGCUGUCGAGCGUUCAGAUGGCCACACCUGCCGAGAGGGGAAAGACGUGGAAGAGGUGUCUUCAUGCCCUGUUUGUUUUCCCUGAGACCAGAGAUGUGUCCAAGUCUGUCUCACGGUGUAACUCGCUUUCCCAUGAGUCAUUGAGGCCUGAAGUGUCAGUGAUGCAGAGGCUGAGCAGCUUUGUCCCAGCGCUGCACCACGCUCUGGUCAAAGCCAGAGCCAACCCUCCCCCCAACCUCUCUGCUGGCGUGGAGCUGCAGACACGGGAAUAUCUCAGUGGCCUGAAAGAUGGCAACGUGCGACAGUACCCCAUGACUGAGUACGACUCCAAACCCGACGAGCAAGGAAAACAGUUUGUUCCUCCCAAACACCACCAGGUGAACAUGGAGAGCUACCUGCACUCCUACCUCUCCAAUCCAGCCCAGUACCUGCUGUCGCUGGCCCGGGCCAAGCAGGUGGUGGAACCCUACUGCCUCCCCGAGCAGCCGCCGGACACCAACCCCCGGAACAGCACCGACCCCCGGAACAGCACCGACCCCCGGAACAGCACCGACCCCCGGAACAGCACCGAAGGCCAUAAAGAGCGGACGGUGAAGGACGCAGCAGUCAACAACACGGCCGGGCAGACCGGCGACCGAAAGAGGAAGAUGGAGCAGGAAACGGCAGAGAAGGCACUUAAAUACGUCAAGGCAUCACAGCAACCAGGAAGGCACAGCAAGCUCCCAGGCCUCGUCCAGGCUAAUCAGAGCCAGAGUGCAGCACAAGAGGAGGGAGCAGCAGAGAUGAGCCCAUUUGGGAGGCUGGCCUUGAAGAUGGGCCUCCCGACUAACUGUGACAUCGACCUGAGGAAGCAGGAGGAGUUGGAGGAUCAGACUGCUGGGAGUGUUAGUAGUUUGGAGGGAUUCAGUCCCAGUUCACAUGGCGGGGAGACAAAUCACCCCCGAGCCUCGAGCAAAGGAGGAGGACUGGGGAGGAAAGCAGGAGCUAAUGAAGCAGAGGAGGAAGAGUGGGACAUCCCCUGGAUCCUCAUUCCCAUCACAGGUCUGACUUCGGAGCGCUACGCUCAGAGGAACCGGGACGUCCCUCAGGACCCUCGUUUCCAGCACCUCGGCAAGGCGGCGGCCGUCACCACGGCAACCAAACCUCCCAGCUCGCCCCGGGAGCCCAGCCCGUCUCCCUCCCCGGACGUCGGCCUCCCCCCGUCCCCAGCUCAGUGCCCGUCCCCCGACCCCAGCCCGCCUAAUUCACCCUCCCAGUGCCCGUCCCCCGACCCCAGCCCGCCCAACUCCCCCUCCCAGUGCCCGUCCCCGGAGCCCAGCCCCCCCCCACGGCCCUCCCAGUGCCCGUCCCCGGAGCCCAGUCCUCCCGCUUCUCCUGCCCGGGCCCCGUCGCCCAAGAGCAGCCCCCCCCCACCGUCGUCCAGGUGCCUGGAUCUUAAUGAGCUCAAUCCCCUGAACCACAGCGGUGCUAACGAGCAGCAGUUCGCCCCCACGGCCCUCCGGGAGUUUCCAGGAGCGUCCAGGACGGAAGUGAAGAAGGAAGAGCCUCAUGGCUCUACAUACAUGCAGACGUCUCAUCCUCCGGUUCCAGGGUGGAGGAUUCAGCCCCCAACAUCCCUGACGGGGGCAGUAACCCCCCCCACCCCCGUGAAGGUGGAGCGGGCGGAGCCGGGACCUUCAGAACCGGAGACAGAAGCGUGGCCCAUCGAGAGAGUUCAGAACCGGUGGGAGGAGGAUGACACGGAGCCGGGGGAUCUGGUGAUCGAGCUGGCGAGUGAAAAAACACUGAAAACAGAGGUGGAGGAACCGGACGCCGGCUCUGCAUUUUCCUCCACCGUUUCCUCCACCGUUUCCUCCACCGUCCCCGCUCCUCCCAGAAACAUCGACAGCAUCGUGGACCAACACCUGGGAAACUUUACCUCGGAGUUGCAGCUCCUCCUGCAGGAGAGGAGUGUCCACUGCAGCCUGUCGCAGCCGCCGCCGCUGUCCUCCACGUCAAACACGUCUCAGCACGCACUCCCGUACAACCCGGUGUCCCAGUUCUCCCAGUACGUGUCUUUUUACAACCCCUGCCCCCCGGUGCACGACUACGUGACUUCACUACAAAGCAGCAUUGACUGCAUACUGUCGGAGAACCACGGCUGGCCGGGCCCGAAGGCCGACGCCGGUCCGGCUAAUACCGAAGCCUCGCUGGCCAACACGGUCAGCGACUUCGUGGCCAGCGUCCGAGCCGCUAACGCCGUGACGGAGAGAGACGAUGAGGUCUCGGCUCCGUGCGACGAACGGACAGCAGCCGCUCAGGGCUCAGAGCUCUCCAGAGGAGACGGGGCGUGGAGGUCGGAGGCCAAGUGGAGGAGUUCCCCGACUCGCCACGUCGCGUUAUCCGAUUACGCCAACCCGCUGGAGAUCAGCAGGACGGUCACGCAAAGCGUCCGGCAGACGCACGACACCGACACUCCAAGGACUGUCGUCUGCAGCGCCAGUGUAGAAGACGACGGUCCGAACUGCACCGUGACGGUCGCCGGCCUCAGCGCCGUCUCUCAACCGCCGGGAGACGAUUCCCGCACUUUUGAUCCGGCCUCCGGCUCGGCCUCCGACCCGUUCCCCGAGGCCUGUCCGUCGGCGACCGACCUGAACUCUGUGAUCAACCAGCUGGAGCCGGCGGUGCUCAACAACCUGGUGGAGAUCAUGAAGGACAUCAAGAAGAAGUCCCCGCAGUUCUACGUCCACUGCUCUGAGCCGGGAGACCCCGUCUACGAAGACGUCAAGGAACACUUGCUGACACUGGGGAACGUGCAGCAGAGCCCCGUCGACUUCUUAAACCAGGAGAACUCUGACAGCGGCCUGCUGGUCAUCAUCAAGAACAAAGACAUAGCCGGACACAUUCACAAGAUCCCAGGCCUCAUGUCUCUGAAGCGACACUCCUCGGUGGUGUUUGUGGGAAUCGAUACACUGGACGACAUAAAAAACAACAGCUGCAUCGAGCUUUUCGUGUCUGGCGGCUGUGUCGUGUCGGACGAGUUGGUUCUCAAUCCAGACGUCAUCAGUCACGAUCGACUGGCAACGUUGCUGAGAUUCCUGGAGCAGCACAGUUCUCCGGAGAGCCUGUGGAGGUGGAAGAUUCACUGCAAAACCCAUAAAAAGCUGAAAGAACAAGCCAGGUUCCGGAGAGACGCCGCGAGCAUGCUGGACGUGUUGUCGACCUAUCAGAAGCGGCAGCUCGUGGAGUUCCUCCCGUACCACCACUGUGACACCAACCCGCAGUCUCCCGACCGCAGCUGCCUCGUAGAACAUCAGGCUCGAUACACACAGUUCAGACACACGGUCUUUCUCACUGAGCAUCACCUCGACAAGUUCUACUCCAACGAGGGCAUUAUCGUGGCCGGUAUUGACGAAAUCUUGCACAACUUCGCCAGACUGGUCGGUUGCCACAACAUCAAGGACAAGCAGCUGAUGGUGGAGGAUCUGCUGUCCCCCAAAGAUCCGCUCCAGUCCGUCUCCUCCAGCAGUCGAGCCCAGCAGCUCCCUUCGCCGCCCGGCUCCGUCUUCCCCCCCGACCCGCUCGAGUCCGACCCGCUCGUCCCGGACGCUUUCUGCAAGGACCAGGUGACGAUGGGCCGACACAUGGAGAUGCUGCAGGAGGCGCUGAGGCAGCUGCGGGCCGAACACCGGGAGCAUCUGCAGAAGCUGCAGCAGCAGCAGCACCAGCAGGAAUCUAAAUCACGGGUCGGGCCGGCCAACGGGGGCGACGCCGCCCCGGCUGGGCGGGGAACCCCCGCCAGGAAAGUGGUGGAGAGGACUCACUCGGCGCCGCAGCCAGAACGCACCAGAGCGUACGUCGCUGGGAGGAGAGAGGAGCGAUGGCCGGCGUCCACCGACCCGCGGCAGCGAGGACGGACUCCAGACGGCGGCGAGUCCGGAGAUCAGAGGGGAAACACUCCGACCAGAAACGACAAAGCAGAUGCGGCGACGGGACCGAGCAACCGCACGGAGCCGGCCAACGACGGGAGGAAAGAAAACACGGAUCAGGAACCCGGCGUCUGCAGGGCGGCCGAGUACGACGGGUCCAGGGCGGGUUCGGGAGAAGACGACGGGUCACGAAAAGGACAGUCGCGUCUGGAUGAUCAGCCCGUCUCCGCAGAAGGAGCUCCAGCGAGAAGCAGCUCAGCCGGGCCGGGGACUCCCCCUGUGACGGACCCGGGCCCCGGCCCGGGCCCUCAGCCCGGCCAGCAGCAGCAGCAGCAGCAGCAGCAGCAGCGGAGGAGUUUCCCCCAGCAGCCGCCUCCGUACGCCCAGCAGCCGCGGCGGAGCCUGGGCCUCCUGCAGACGCCGCUGGCCCCGUUCCACGGCCAGUCGUACCCCCACGGCCCGCUCCUGGGGGGGGUGAGGGGCAUCCUGGGGCCCGGGCACCUCUGGCCGGCGGGCCUGGCCUCCACGGGCUCCCCGCUGGUCUGGGGCUUCCAGCAGACCGGCGUGGACCUGCUGGGCCGGUACUACAGCCCUGCAGGCCCGGGACACGUGUACCGGGGGGGCCGGCGGGGCGGCGGCUUCAACGGGAUGUAGACGAGCAGUUUCACUCGUUAAAGGAAGAGAGUCCAAACGCACCGUCUUUUAUCUACGGAGCCCCUCAAGGGACACAGAUUUAUUUUAAUAUAUAUAAAGAUUUUUUCGCGUAAAACCUUUAAGUGAGCGUCUAAAAGUUGUUCUACGUGAGCACGUAAAGGUAAUACAUGCGCGCGUGAAACUUUUUACGCGCUCGCUAGAAGUUUUAUGCGAUCAUCUUUUCGUUGCACUACAAAAACUCAAAAUCUUACCAGGAAUAUUUCUUAUUUUUAGUUAAAAUAUCUCAUUUUUAGUCAAAAAAUCAUUACCAGAAAAAUAACUUCUUUGGCAAUUUUCACCUGUUUCAAGUAAAUUUUCACUUGAAAUUAGUAGGAAAAUCUGCUAGUGGGACAAGAUUUACCUUCUAAUGAUAGCAAAAAAAAUAUUUUCUUUUUUCUUUUUCUUUUUCUACUUAUUUUAAGUGAGAAUCUACUUGAAACGGGUGAAAAUUGUUGUUUUUUCCAGUGAUGAGUCUUGUUUUAAGUGUAAUAAGAUUUUUUUGACUAAAAAUGAGACAUUUUAACUAGAAAUGAGACAAAUAUUCUUGUUAAGAUUUUGAGUUUUUGCAGUGUGGUUGAUGGUUGGGUAUAUUUUGUGAUUUAAGUUUCAGGCGCGUGCUUAAAACUUUACGUGCUCAUGUAAAACUUAUAAGCGAGCGCGUAAAAGUUUCACGCACGCACGCACGCAUUACCUUUACGUGCUCACGUAGAACAACUUUUAGGCGCUCACUUAGAAGUUUUACGAGAGCACGUCACACUUUUUAGUGAGUGCAGAAACGUUUUACGUGCUCACUUAAAGGUUUCACGUGUGCACGUAAAAGUCAUUAUAUAUAAAAAAAAUCUGUGUCCCUUUAGGGUCUCCGUAUUUAUCCCAGCAGCAGUGGCGGGUUUUUCUUUUCUCGGUUAUAGAAGGACUGGUGGGUUCUAUUGAACCCGAACGGCGAUUCUUCGGUCCAGUUCUUCGUUGGAGCUGAUGUAUUAGUUUUAUGAUUAACGAUGCGUUUGAGCAGUUUCUCCUUUAACCGGAUUUGUGAACGUCUGUGCAGCAGAGAUUCCUGCACUGCAUUAAAAAAAAAAGAACUAAACAAAAGAAAAAGGAUUUUCAUGGUUUAGUUUUGACAAAAGUAUAUUUAUGUAUGUUUAUGUAUCUGAAAAAGUGGGGAAAAACGGUUUGAAGCCUUCAGUUGUCACUACUUGUUAAUAUUAAACACAUGUACAGCAAUACAAGUAAAUAAAUAAAACAGCCGACAAAACAAGCAAGAGCAGCACUGGCGUAAAACAGAUGUAAAUGAGUUGUAUCAGAUCACAUUUCCUUAAACAACAAUUUACUAUUUUAUUACUGUUUACUAUUAUAAAGACGAGAGAAUUGAAGUGGCCGAUUCCUCCUCCGGGCCUUGAACGCACCACCACCGUGGUUUGCAGUAAUGUUCUCCAGGAAAGAGCACAGCGUUGUUUUCGGACACAGACGGAUCUUCUUUUAUACUUCAGGAGGGUUUUUCUCUGCGUGGAAACUCAACUGACCCGUUUUGGGGAAACUAAAACUGUAAAAUACGAACGCAUCUUCCAGUGGACACUUGUACAAAGUUGUAAUGAAUGUUAUUUGUUACACUGGGAGUUUUUUGUGUUGUCUUUGUUGUUAUUGUGUACCCUGUAACAAACUGGUUUUAACUUAAAGAAAAAAAAAAGUCAUUUUUUUGUAUGUUUCUUUUUUAUAUCAGAGUUUUUGUAUUAAAGUUCCUUGAGAUGACUUUGCUUCGACAUGUAUUUAUUUUUUAUAAUCAUUUGAAUAACAGGAAUGCUGGUAUCAAACCACUUUUAUUAUCUUAAACGGCCUCCACACCGACCUUUUUAGGCAUCUGUUUCUGCAAAAUUGAAAGAGGAAUAUUAAGUUUGUAAUGUGUGUAAAGUGAUGAUUAAAUUCGGAGUUGGAGAUCUCAAA